AGGACUGCAUACCACGAAAAAUGCUGUCAUCAACACACAGGAAUGAUUUCAGGCAAAACAGCAACUGUGCAAAUGAGACAGAGGUCAGCUGCUUCAUUGAACAAAUGAACUCACAGAGUGCCUGUGAGAAGGAUGCCUAUCAGGAAGGGGCAAGUGAAGGACACAGUGGGCAUCCCAGGAGGGGGAAAAGGGCAAUUAGGGAACAGUUAAGAACCCGCCCCACUUUGCGGAUGAGGUUCAAAAGACUCCUGCUGCUGCAGAGAAGACUUAGUGGAACUUCUCCCACUGCUGGUGAGGAGGGCAGUGGAACAGCUCUGCAGAAAUUGCAGAUGGAGGCUGAGGUGAAAGAGCACUGGGCUCAUGAAGCUUGUGCUGUCUGGACCACAGGCAUAAUCCUGGUAGGAGGCAAACUCUUUGGGCUGAAGGAGGCUGUUCAGAAAGCUGCACAUGCAAAAUGCUCCAGGUGCCAAGGUGAAGGAGCUUCCAUCUGCUGCAGCUGGAAGAGCUGUACUCAGAGGUACCAUUAUGUCUGCGCCAAAGAGAUGGGCUGCACAUUUCAAGAAGAGACCUUCUCUAUUAGGUGUCCGAAACACAAGGAACAUCUUUGAAGAAUCUUUGCACAGAUCUUUUCCACACAACGACUGCUCACCCC